UACAGUAACACCACAACAGCAGCUUCCAAGAUGGCGGCGCCUGUAAUCGAAACAUGCCAUGUCGCCUGUUGUGCCAACAGGACACCAAACGUUGUUUCUUGGAGUCGAGGAGGAACCAUCGCCUUUGGGACAUGUAACUCAGUGGCUCUGUACGACCCACAGGAGAGAAGAGUCGUCGCUGUGCUGAAUGGACAUGCAGGCAGAGUGAAUGCGGUCCAGUGGGUUCACAGAGAAGACUGUGCUCCGGAGAGUCAUCUUGUAUCAGGAGGCUCGGACAAUCGGCUCAUCCUCUGGGAGGCUCAAAAUGAGAAGUUCGGCAAGUCAGUGGAGUGUGAGGGCCACACUGGUCCAAUUAGUGCUGUGGCUGCAAUCUACACAGAGGGCUCAGGCAUCCUGGUGGCCUCCUCAGCAUCUGACUCCACAGUCAGACUGUGGCUCUACACUGACAACAGAAAAGCUGAAUGCCUCCAUAUCAUAUCAUUUGGCAGCGGUUUCAUGAUGGAUGUCUCCCUGGCACUGUUGCCAGGCAGCAGAGUUCCCAUACUGGCCUGUGGGGGUGAUGACUCUCGGGUGCAUUUGUAUGUGCAGUCCAAAGGAGAGCUCCAGAAAGUGAAGUCACUACAAGGGCAUGAAGACUGGAUUCGUGGAGUGGAAUGGGCAUCUAUUGGUGGGGAGCUGUUAUUAGCCAGCUGUUCACAGGACUGUCUCAUCCGAGUGUGGAAGCUAUUUGCCAAGUCUGGGACAGAUAUCCACACAGAGGACGAUCAUACCAUCAUCAAAAUGAAAGAGGAUGUUUUUGAAGUGAAGGAGAGAGACAUGUCCUCGGUAUUUGCUGUUUCCCUUGAGACAGUCCUGGCAGGUCAUGAGAACUGGGUCUAUGGAGUCCACUGGCAGCCUCCUUCCUACAAAGGCGGCGAGUUGCAGCAGCCUCUCAGUCUACUCUCUGCUUCCAUGGACAAAACCAUGAUCCUCUGGGCUCCCGAGGAAGGAUCUGGAGUCUGGGUGGAGCAGGUGCGUGUAGGAGAGGUUGGUGGCAAUACUCUGGGUUUCUACGGCUGCCAGAUGAGUCCGGACGGCUCCAUGAUUUUGGCUCAUGCUUUCCAUGGGGCUUUACAUCUCUGGUGCAAAGACCAAGACAAAGAGGGAGUGUGGAGGCCUGGGGUAGUUAUAUCAGGUCAUUUCAAUGCAGUGCAGGACCUCAGCUGGGAUCCAGAGGGUGAGUUCAUCCUCAGCGUGGGCUCAGACCAGACCACCAGACUCUUCACUCCAUGGAGGAAACAAGAUGUCAAACUGGCAACCUGGCAUGAAAUCUCACGGCCACAGAUCCAUGGAUACGACAUGCAGUGUCUGGCCAUGGUCGGGAGGUUUCAGUUUGUGUCUGGAGCUGACGAGAAGGUCCUGAGAGUUUUUCAGGCACCUCGUAAUUUUGUGGAGAACUUUGCAAACAUCUCUGGGAUGUCACUAGAGAAGCUGCUGACAUCCAGUGACUCUGCCAACCUUCCAGAAGGGGCCAGCACACCUGCCCUAGGUCUGUCCAACAAGGCUGUAUUUCAAGGUGAACUUGUCCCAAAGGCCAAAGAAGAAGAGAAGCAGUUCAACAGUGUUUCUGAUCAAUACCACGAGUCUUACUUCCACCCGCUCAACUUGACUGAACCCCCACCAGAGGAUCAUCUUCUCCAGAACACACUCUGGCCCGAGGUCCAGAAACUGUACGGCCACGGCUUUGAGAUGUUCUGUCUCGCAUCUGACAGUGCCAGGACGGUGGUGGCAUCCGCAUGCAAGGCAUCUAAAGUGGAGCACGCAGCCGUGCUGCUGUGGAGCACAGGUACGUGGCGUCAGCUACAGACGCUGCCAUGCCACUCCCUCACCGUCACCCAGAUGGCCUUUUCACCUGACGCACAACUCCUGUUGGCAGUUUCUCGUGAUCGCACCUGGUCCUUAUGGAGACGGAACCUGCCCUCGCCUGAAAGUCCAGAGCCGCAGUUCUCGCUGCACGCACACACGGGGAAGGACACGGCCGUACACAGCCGCAUCAUCUGGUCAUGUGACUGGAGCCCCGACAGCAAAUACUUUGUGACAUCCAGUCGGGACAAGAAGGUGAUAGUUUGGGGCCCAUGCAGAUUAGAAGACGAAUCUGUGCCUCCUCCUAACAGGAUUAAACCCUGUUCCUCCCUCUUGGAUGUGGGUGAUUCUGCUACCGCUGUAGCUUUCUGCCCUGUACUCUGCUCUGAUAACAGCUACCUGCUCGCAGUUGGCUUGGAGUGUGGCAGAAUCCUGCUGUACAGGUGGAGCCCGGGCCAAGAGGCUGCUGGACGACACGACUGGAGCAGCUGUGCAGAGACGGAUGUCUUACAGAGCCACGCUUUGGCAGUGAAGAGGCUCCGCUGGAGGCCCAGGGCUGGCCGAGCAGGUCGAGAGAACAACACCAAGGAGGAGGAGACUGACGAAGAGAGCGAGGCCGAAGAAAAGAGCUCCUGGGUCCAGCUCGCCAGCGCCAGCGCCGACCACUCUGUCAAAAUCUUCAACGUCAACAAACUGGCUCUUUAGCACCACCUACAAUGACACUAUUAUGUUCCCCCGCACACAGAGAGACACUUGAAUCUAGGGCCAAGGGCCUGACUGGGACACCGUGGCCACAGCUGCUCACUGGCGAGCCAUUCACUCCCUGUGACAGCCAGUUAAGUCAUGGGUCAGUCGCAGGACAGGCCCACGACACACAUGCCCCCACAGUCUGUCUACACACAGCUGGAUGGAUUUGAUGGGUGGAAGCGAGAUUGCAAAAGACUCCGUGACCUUAGGGUGGUAUUUUGCUUCGACUCGUCAAAGUGUUUUAGAUUCAGAGAAGGAGACGCUGGAUAUCUGUGCAGAUCACAUAUUUAGGCCGUUUAUCCAAAUAAACAAUUAUAUGGCGAACUGUUGUUCAAAUUCAUAAUUUAAAAAGAAAGUGAUCAGAUCAUUACGAUCAUAGUUGCACAGCAUGUACGUUGUUUAUUUGUUUUAGCACCCAAUUCAUUAAAUUUUUUUCUAUAUCUACAA